AUGGAAAUUAAUAUUAAUGUGGGGACAUAUGAUGGUAAACUUUUAGGAUUCUCUUUGAAUGAUUAAUUUUCAUAGAAUAAUACUCUCUAUUCAUUUCCAGCCUCUACAGUAUAUUUAAUUUAUUAUUUGAGUCCUUAAUCAAAACAAUCUUUUAGAAUGGACGCUAUUUAUUUAUUGGAGGUUCUGAAGAAUUAAUCAAAGUAUAUGAUGUUAGAAGAAGAGUUGAAAUCACUUUAUUAGAACAACAUAAUGGAACAAUAACUUAGAUUGCUGGACAUUCAAAUUUUCUAUUCACAGCAGCUGAAGAUGGAAAAGUUAAUUUAUGGAGAAAUAAAUAAUGGGCUAUUCUUAAUACAUUCCAAUGUGGAAAUCCUGUUAUAUGCAUAGCUGUUCAUGAAUCAGGAAAGAUUUUGGCAUGUGCAACCAAAGAUCAGAAAUUACAUCUUUAUAAUUUAAUGAAUUUGAAAAGGAUAGCAUUAAAGAAAUUUCAUUUUAGUAUUUAUUUUUUUAAUAUUUUAGAUAUUGAUAAGAUUCAUUUCAUUUCAAAGGAAGAUGAAAUACAAUAUUUAUUAUUUCAAUCUGACAGAAAAUGUUAUAUUGUAGAUUGUGAAACUAAUAAGGUUACACAUACUAUAGAUUUAACAGUUUAGAUAACAGAUUCAAUAUUAAAUCAAGAUUCACUUAUUCUAUCAGGUAUUAUAUUAAUUUAUUUAAGAUGCAAAUGGAAUAGUUUAUAUGAUAAAAUUAAUAGUAGACAAUUAAAUAUAAAGCAAGAUUAUAAUUAAAUUUGUGGCUCAUUAAAAAAGAAUUAAGUAAUUAUAAUUAUUUGAUUUGAAUGAAUAAACAUAUUUGGCAUCUAUUUCAUCUGAUGGAGAUAUCAAAAUUUGGGAUUGUUUAUUAUAUGCCAAUGAAUAAUAUGAUGAUAUUGAUCUCAAGAAUAAAUUAAAACCUAUUUAUACCAUUAGAACAACAUAGAGAUUAACAUGUUUUUGUGUGAGUGUUGUAUAAAGAAAAUAAGCAGAUUAAGAAUAAUAAUAAGAAUAAACUAAAAUUCAAAAACCUACUGUUGUUCUUCCUAUAGCCAAAUAAAUCAAAAAAUAAUUAGUUAAUAAGAAACCUAAGUAAUUUGAUUAGAAUGUUAAAGUGCAAUAAGUUUAAAAGAAGAAGAUUCAAAAGAAAAAAGUUGAAGUUUGAUUUUUUUGUAUAUUAGUAAUUAGUAUUAAGUUAUAAUAAUGAACCCUAUAUUAUAAAGUGUAUUGAAUUCUCCUUAAUACUCUCGGUCAAUUCCAAAAAAACAACAUCAAUUUGCAAGCAUCUAUAGAGUACCAACAAAGUAUAAAGCAAGGUCAUGGAAACCAUAUACAGAGAGAGAUAAAUCAGAAGAUUAUUUGGUUGAAUAAAUGAGGCCUAAAAUUAGAAUUAGAUUACCAUCAUUAUAACAUUAAGAUUCGAAUAAAUCUCAUUAAUAAAUGUUACCUAGAGAAUCAGAAAAAGAAAAAAAAAUAGAAAUUACUACUAAAGUGAUGUAUUACUUAAGCAGAAUGACUGGACCUGAAAAUGCUUCAAAAUCAAAGAAAUAUAGAGAAAAAGAGAUCCAAUCUCGAUUAAUGCCAGGAGUUAAUUCGUAUGAUGGACUUUAUGAUGAAAUGUAUGAUGAAGAUGAUAAUUGA